UAUUGCGCAUGACAGGCUAUUUCAGUAAUUUCAUGCAUCACAAAAGUAAAAGCAAUGUAGAGUAAUAAACAAUCAAAAAUUAUUCCCACUUUAAACUACACUCAAAAAAGUAGUACACACUGAACAACCAUCAACGAUGCUUUUGUAACUUUCUGUUUAUCACCUCCUUCCCCUGUUUCCCUCUCUCUGCACGUUUCUCUUUCUCUCUCUAAAAAUGUCAGCUUAUCUACAAAAUCUAUUACUGCUCCAUAUAUUCGCUCUCACAGUAGCAUCAACUAUACUGAUCAAUGUCAGUGGCCACUACUCUUCUUCCUCCUUCUCCUCUUCAUCCUCGCCGCCGGCGUCGCAGUCAAAUGCUCCGUCAUCGGAGUGGAGAUCGGCGCGCGCGACGUACUACGCGUCGGCGGAGCCCCGGGAUGCGGUGGGCGGCGCGUGCGGGUACGGCGACCUGGUGAAGAGCGGGUACGGGUUGGCGACGGCGGGGCUGAGCAGCGUCCUGUUCGAGAGGGGCCAGAUCUGCGGCGCGUGCUUCCAGGUGAGGUGCGUGGAGGACCUCCGGUGGUGCAUACCGGGAACCUCUAUCAUCGUCACCGCCACCAACUUCUGCGUCCCCAACUACGGUUUCACUGCCGACGGCGGCGGCCGCUGUAAUCCCCCUAACAGCCACUUCGUCCUCCCGAUCGAAGCAUUCGAGAAGAUUGCGAUCUGGAAGGCUGGCAAUAUGCCUAUACAGUAUCGCAGGAUCAAAUGCAGAAAGGAAGGAGGCAUUCGGUUUACCAUUAACGGUUCAACAAUAUUCAUGUCGGUGCUGAUCAGCAAUGUUGCUGGUGCUGGAGACAUAGUGGCAGUGAAGGUUAAGGGUUCGAAGACAGGUUGGCUUCCAAUGGGUAGGAAUUGGGGCCAAAACUGGCAUUUAAAUGCUGAUUUGAAGAAUCAACCUCUCUCAUUCGAGGUCACUAGCAGCGAUGGUGUCACACUUACAUCUUACAGUGUUGCUCCCAAAAAUUGGGAUUUUGGGCAAACCUUUGAAGGCAAGCAAUUUGAAUCUUUAUAAGCAACACCAAGAAAAAAAAAAUGUUGAUAGAAAAACUUUUUGUCAAAAAAAUAUAUUUUUUAUUGUGUUUAGAAAGCAGGUGUAUGUGUUGAUGGGUAUUUUUGAAGGGAUGAAUAGAUGUUAGGUUGCAAAUGAUUUGGUUGAACAAUUUAAAAUUCAAUGGGAGAGCAUACUUAAAUUGUUUAUUGACAAGUAAACAAAGCAACUAAAUUGUAGCUUUAAAUGAUGUUCCCAUGUUACAAACCCUUUUACUAAUGAAACCCAAGUUAUGAGCUGUUGUUAA